CACGCACCACGUUCUUGUUAUUUCAUUUUGUUGUGAAAAGCUUAUAGUUGGAAAUUUAGUUCAGGACUAAUACAUUUCGUUUUAAAACCCGAAAGGAUGUCAUUGCCGGUGACUAAAGCCACAUCAGCCACGGCUACGCAUGCUGUAGUCCAGGCCGUGGAGACUUACAUUCAAAACCAAAAUUUGCUCGGCGAGAUUGCCGAGUUGGAUGAAAUGUUGUGCGAUUUAGUGGACUUGCACAAGGAUAAUGAGCUUGCCCUAAAACGUGUACUACAGUGCAUUCAUAACCUGUUGCAAACGAACAGCAAGUGGAAUGUGCGCUUUGGCCCCAAGUUGUUCCACAAACUCGUCUCUGUGGUGAUCGCCGACAGCCGUGAAGACACACCAAGUCGUCGGCAACUGGUAGCCAAUCUUCUUAUCUGCGUGCAGUUACACGGCAGGAAGUUUCCCCGGAUCCAGGGAAAGUUUGUGUUGCAGCAACUAUGGGCACUCAGUUUAAGUAACGACCGACAACCGCAUGCGGCACAGAUCCUCGUACACCUAGUAGACGACUUUGUCCACAAUCUCGGAACGGAGUGCGGAGUGGAAUUAUUGGGAAUAACACAGACUCUGUUGCAGUCAGAGGUGCGGGAGGAUCGUCGAUCGGCCUACUUCCUUAUGAGCAAAUUGAAGGAUGUAGAUGGGGUUCUUGCUGCCCUUCAGUGCACCGAACAGAACUGGAAUGCCUACGUUGGCAUACUGGAAAAUUUAGAAGAACAGCAGUCGCACCUAGUGCUUCCCACCUUGGGCACUUUGAUGCCCCGCCUUGGCUUAAUGGCCAGUAAUCAUAGUGAGGAUUGGAUGUCGUGGCUGCGUAUCCUCUCUAUCCGCCUUCUAAACGACAACAAUAGCCUCGUUUUGCGAUGGACUAUCAAGUAUUUGCUGGCUAAUUUAAGUCUGGACCAACUGUCGCACUUAAAUUUAGUUACUGAGUUCGUAGCGGCUACCAAUCGAACUCAACUGUAUAAUCUUGAGGUUCCUGAUCACCUCACACAGCAGCAAAUAAAGGACUUCAUGGCAGGGUUCCCGGCUGAUAAAUUGCUGGAGGCCAUGGUAACAGUGCAGUGGCAUUGUGUACCACUGUUUCACUGGCUCAUGGGCUGGAGUGAAAUAGAACUGCCUCUGGUUCCCAAAGAGUUGCUUCUUGGCUUGAGUGCACGGAUACGUUCUUUGCAAAAUCCGGUUCUUCGUGGGGCUGCCAUCAAAGAAGUCAUCUUUUUGUUUAGAAACACAAUAAACGCUUUAUCCUUGAGCGACUACUUGAUGUUUAUGGAAUCUUUGUACAACACCGUUGACGAAUAUACAGAACACCAUCAACUGAUAGACAAAAUCGAAAAUUGUCCAAAUUUGGAGGAGCAUAUUGAAUACUUUAGUAAACGCUGCGCCGAGCUUAUAACGAGGAGAGAUAUCCAAUAUAAUGUAUAUGUUGCUUUUUUGGAAAAAAUACGAAAUGUGCCAAUGGAAAAGCACGGAUGGUGGCGACUAGUUCCGAUAUUUCUUCGUCUACAAAUUGACAAACCGGAACAAUAUUUGGAUUUCUACCGAGACGUUUAUAAAGUGGACUGCAUGCUACUUAAAUCCGGUGUGAGUCUAGACCAGAUGCAGAGCCACUUGCUGGACCGCCUGGGUUGCCGCACCCGAGAGGAAAAAUCGUUUGUCCGUGAAAAUUGUGUUGAUCUUUUUGUGAAGGUUAAUGUUCCAACAUGGGAUAAGCUCAAGGAGUUAAACCUCAAGCCCACUGAACUAUUAGAUCAGGGGACUGACGUCACAUUUGCAAUCCUUGCAAAUAUUUUAGCAGAACAUACGAAACCACUAGAAGAUGUGGAGCUUCUGCCUACCAUGGUUUCGCGAUUGGACCGAUUGAAAUGUCGAGAAGCGAAAGCAAUUUUACAAUAUUCCGUGGCCAACCUAAAUGACGAUGAAUACGAAAAGUGUGUAGUGGCGGUUCUUGAAAAAAAUACGUUUUUGUUGCAACUCCUUGAUUGUGAGAGUUAUAUAAAGGCACCCAAAUCAUAUGUUCUUCAAAGGCUGUUGGCCGGAGAAACAACCACAGGCGAUGCACGCAUAGAGCGAGCUUUUGAAAACGUAUUUGGGCAAAGACCUGAUGUUGAAGCAAUGGCUCGGGUUCAUUUUAUAGGAUAUAGUCGAAAGUGCAAAGAAUUGGAUGUCAAUUCCAUCUGCCUUGAUUUGCUGAACAUGAACAACGAGCUAUCGAGGAAGAAGCCGCGGUACUUUGCCAACUCGAAGGAGCACAGAAGAAAAAUGCGCAUUGCCAAAGCCAUACUUGACCUAAGUAAUCAGUGGAUGCCUGAGCUAUGGGAUGCAUUGUUAUGUCCAAGCGACCAGCUGAAUAUAAGCUUCAUGUACGAAUAUCUAGUCGCGAAGCUGCUUCCCACCAUUGAUCCUCUGCUGGACCAACUGAAAAACUUAAUAACCCUUAAGCCCAGUCAGCAAGUGUCACUGAUCUCCGUAGUUCAUAUUUACUGCUUGGCUCGGUGGGACACUCUGCAAAAGGAACAAUUGACGGGAAUUUUUUCAAUUCUUUUACCAUUAACAAUGGGUGCCAAUUUUCAGACUCGUUUAUUUGCACAAUUGGUCUUGCAUCGGUUAGCUACAAAUUGCAUUGGAAGCAGCCUUGAUCAACCCAUCGCGGAAGUCUUGAAAAACUCAAUAGAGGCUACGUUGGGUGACAAACUGGCGGAGUUCCAAAAGGAUGCUCGACUAUUGUUACCUGAACUAGAAGAGCAGUGCGCAAUGUUUCGUAGUAAUGUUUCAGACGCUAUUCUUUGGAUGACAAAUGCCCCUUUCGACGAAAAUAUUAGUUUUUUUGGUUGUCGCUACGACUUCAGAAAAAAAGUAAUGGCUGUUCGAGAAUUCUUUCAAGCAAAAAGGGGAGAACAGAUCGCUGAGCAGAACUCGCCGACAAGUUCGCUCAACGGAAAUGUGCAAAGAAAAAUGAAUCCUAUUGGUGAUAUAUAUCCUGGAUGUGAUUUUGAGAAUACGACCACGACACACGAAGAUCGGGAACUCAUUGUGGUGGCUUCCUUAAUCGACAAGCUGCCUAACUUGGGAGGCUUGGCGCGAACCUGUGAUGUCCUCGGAGUCAGAACCUUAAUAUUAGGAUUAAAAUCGCAGGCGGAAAAAAGCGAUUUUACUAACUUAAGCAUGACUGCAGAAAAAACUUUGAACAUAAUUGAGGUAAAGCCCGAAAUACUGGGUGAAUUUUUGAUUGGAAAGCAACUAGAGGGAUAUAAAAUCGUUGGUGCCGAACAAACUGCCCACAGUACAAGUUUCACGGAAUUUAAAUUUCCGAAAAAGUGCAUUCUUUUAUUAGGCCACGAGAAACAUGGAAUUCCUGCGGAUCUUAUUGGUUUUUUGGACUUUGCCGUGGAAAUUCCGCAGUUUGGAACUGUUAGAUCCUUAAAUGUACAUGUGACUGGAUCACUUUUUAUUUGGGAAUAUUGCAAGCAACAUUUGGCAAAGAAUAAUUAGAACUAUAAAUGGUUUAUUGUACAGAUAAUGUUUUAUUUAUUUACAAUUUGAAUAAUUUAUUUAUAUCGAUUUAAUUCUAUUGAUUGGGCUUCCAUUAAAUAUAUAAAAAUAUGUUUGUGCUUAAAGGA